AUGCAGAGUCACAUGUGGCGCCUGUUCAGUUUCACUUCCGCGUUGGGUUAACAACGACAAAAUCAUAUCAAUCAUGCAAUCGUUUUAACGUGAAUAUUUACAGGAUUGCGUAUCUCCACUGUGUGCGGAUCGAUGCCCGUGGAGAUUUUGACGUGAUGUCGUUUAGUGUUGUUUAAGGGCACUGUUGCGACUGUUCGGGAAGGAGAAACUGAGACCCCAUUGGGCACAACUAGUUAGGACACACUCACUUCUAUUUAUAUACAGUAAAUACAGUAACAGCACAUUCUGAAAGGUGCUCCUUCUGAAAAUCAUGUUGCUGUCAGUGAGAAUAAUUGCUCCACUUUUCUUACUGCUUGUUGGAGUGCGAGCGAAGAACAACACGGAUAACUGCAAGCUGGUUGUAGAGAGUGAAUCAGAAAGAAAAGUGCUCCGUUCACUGGAGCCCCUGACCAAACAAAACUUCACCGUGGAGGGUGAGGAGAAGGACAAAUACAUCUACAUUUUUCAGGUGUGUGGUGACGUGGACGGACUGAAGAAUGUAGGUCUUGUGCAGAGAGCCAAGGACAGUGGAAAGCAGACCACAAUUGGGAGCUACUCUCAUACUCGAGCUAUUGGAGGAAGUGACUGGGUUCUGCUCAUAUAUGAGGGGGGAGAGAAGUAUGAAAGCCACUGUUCAAAAGAGCCAAGACAAGCAAUGAUUAUGAUUUCUUGCAGCAAAAAAGCUAAUGAGAGUAAAUUUUCAGUGGUUCUGGAGGACAGGGAGAGGCCACAGGACUGUUAUUACUUGUUUGAGCUGGACACCAGUGUAAUCUGCCCUGUAACUCCAUCUAAACUCAGCGCUGGCUCAAUACUGCUCAUUGUCGCAUUCUCCUGCCUAGCCGUGUAUCUCACCGGUGGGUUCCUGUAUCAGCGACUCGUGGUUGGGGCCAAGGGAGUCGAACAGUUCCCCAACUAUGCAUUUUGGUCAGAGAUUGGCAACUUAUCCGCUGACGGAUGUGAUUUUGUGUGUCGUUCCCGUGGUAAUAGAGAAGAACCGCCCACAUAUAGAGGUGUGGCUACUGAACCACUUGGAGAGGAGCCAGAGGAAAGAGAUGACCACUUACUUCCCAUGUGACCAAAUUAAAACAGCCAGUGAGAAGAGGCUGGACAGUUUUUGGAACCCAAAGAGGAAUGUUCAGUUCAGACGUGUUCCUAGUUCAGAAGUGCUGCUGUUCAUUUCUCUUAUUUACCAAUAGCACUUAUCCUCUAUUUAUUCCCUAAAAUGUUGAUUAGAUAUUAGUUCAUUGUAUAAGAUCGCUAACUAGUUUUUGAAAGUCCAAAAACCCAAGGAUAAAUUUUAUAACAAAAUUACAAAAAACAUGCAACAAUGACCCUCUUUUCUCUCUUUAUAGGAAGUGAAAGAUAUCAGCACUGUUUGUCAGUGCUUUACUGUGUGAUAUGGUCACCACAGAGAUGUAGUUUGGUAUAGAAUAUAAGUACUUAUUUUUUUAGUAUGAUUAGAGUGGUAAAACUCAAAAGGAGUUUUUAAAGGGUUAGUUCACCCCAAAAUGAAAAUUCUCUCAUCAUUUACUCAUCCUCAUGCCAUCCCAGAUGCGUAUGACUUUCUUUCUUCUGCAGAACACAAAUUAGGAUUUUUAGAAGAAUAUCUCAGCUCUGUAGGUCCAUACAAUAGAAGUGAAUGGUCAUUUUUUUACCAUAAACCUCAAAUUUCCGCAUUCCUCUUCUUGUGUUUUGGUGAUUUGCAUUAUUUGUGCUUAUUGCCACCUACUGGGCAGGGAGGAGAAUUUAUAGUAAAAAAGGACUUAAAUAUUUAUCCGUUUCUCACCCACACCUACCAUAUCGCUUCUGAAUAUAUAUAUUUAACCACUGGAAUCUUAUAAAUGACUUAUGUGCUUUUUGGAGCUUCAAAAAAUGUGUACCCGUUCACUUGCAUUGUAUGGACCUACAUAGCUGAAAUAUUCUUUUCAAAAUCUUCAUUUGUGUUCUGCAGAAGAAAGAAAGUCAUACACAUCUGGGAUGGCAUGAGGGUGAGUAAAUGAUGAGAGGAUCUUCCUUUUUGGGUGAACUAUCCCUUUAAGUUCACACUCCACUAACUUAAGCAACAAUUAAAUGUUUGGGAAUGUAUGGCUUUUGGUUUCAGAAUAUAAAGAAAAUUUACUGAAAUUCAUUAUUUGAGAAGUUCGUGAAUAUUCUAGAUUCUUAAUCACAAAUAUGCUUUGCUUCAACAUUCCAACAUGCCUGUUUGUUUGUUAGGGAAUAUUGUGUUUCUAUGGAGAAAGUUUAAAGUGAUCUGACAAACAAGACCUCUGCUCUGGUGAGGCCUACCUCAUUGUCUUUACAAAACAUGCGUUCAGCCUGUUACAACCUAUUGAUGUUUCUGAAUGAUGUUAUUAAUGAUAAAUUGGUAUCAUAAAUGUUAUUGAUAAGAGACAUUUGAGGAAAAUAAGAAAAUUACAGAAAUUGUAGAUAUUAAAGGUAUAGUUCAUCCAAAAGUGAA